UCGUAAUAAAGCCUUAAAAUGUAUCCAAAUCGCCAAGCAUAUGCACCUACACCUCAUAGCUAUAUACCCAACACGACGCUCUCAGCAACAAUAAAUCUUGACGAGGAAGUCAAACUCGCAGAAUCAAGAGCGGAACGCGAUCUCCACGACUCCCUUGCCGAAGUCUUCAGUAUAAUAAUCACGCUAGAUGAGCUUGAGAAAGCCUAUCUGAAAGAUGCAAUCUCGGAAAGCGAUUAUACAGAGAUUUGUGACAGGUUGUUAAAGCAGUAUAAGGCUCUCUUGACGGACGAAGCUGUCGCGAGAGAGUUUGUUGACCUGGAGACUUUUAAGAGCAAGUGGGAUAUGGAAGUACCUCGAGCCACUGAACGUAUACGAAUCGGCCUCCCUAGCACUGUGACAGCACCGACACACAAUUCAUCCGCGACAUCCAACAAUGGCACAAGUGGCACACUCAUUCUUGAGGCCACGCAAGAUUUUAUUACCUUCCUCGAUGCACUAAAGCUUGGGUUAUUAGCGAAAGAUCAAUUGCAUCCACUGCUGUCGGACGUUAUACAAAGUGUGAACAAGGUUACGGAUAGGGAUUUCGAGGGGAGAGGAAAGAUAGUGCAGUGGCUGAUUACACUCAACCAGAUGAAGGCUACCGAGGAAGUGUCUGAGGACCAGGCAAGAGAGUUGGAAUUGGAUAUGAACUCUGCAUAUCAGGGGUUCAAAGCUACCCUGAAGUAAGGGCAAGGAGCUUGGGAAUAGCAACAUAGAGCUGGAGCUAGCGGCACUCUAGCACUGAUCGUGGAGAGUCUGGAAGGGCUCGAGUAGGAGUUGGCAUUGAAUGUCUCGGGGUUGUGGCCGAUGCAGGCUCUGUAAUCUCUGAGCAUAUUCUCGUCUUUCAGGCUCGAGUAUAGCUCACGGUGAUUGCUCAAGGAUGUCAAUCGAUGACUAUACCAUGCUGGACCUAAUGGCCAGCUACUCGGGGAUUGCUUUGCAAGUCCCAUAUUGUUUCGGGAUCUAUCACGCCCGACAGAUUGGUUAAGAACUUUGAUAGUUUUAUGAUCAGACAAGGAAUGUCCAAAAACUAGGAUAGACAAACUCAUCCUCAAAAAUCCUCCUAACUUGCUCCAACACAAACUUUUCCACCU